AUGUCUGAAACUGUUUUAGUGACUGGUGGUACUGGCUUUUUUGGCACCCAUUUUCUUUUGCAACUUUUGCAACAAGGUUUUGUAGUUAGAACUAGUGUUAGAGAUCUCUCAAAAGUAGGAAACGUUAAAAAAUCUCUUGUGCUUCUGGGUAUCAGCCAAGAUACCUUGGAUGAAAACCUUCAAUUCUUCAAAGCAGAUCUUAUUAGAGAUGACGGCUGGAAAGAAGCAAUUAGUGGUUCUGACUAUGUUCUUCAUGUCGCAUCACCAGUUCCCUUAGAACAGCCUGAAGAUGAGAAUGAUAUCAUCGAACCUGCUGUGGAGGGAACACUUAGAGUAAUCAAACUUUCUGAAAAGUAUGGGGUUAAGAAGUUGAUAUUUACUUCUUCCUUUGCUGCAAUUGCAUACGGGCAAACAGAUGGAAGAGUUUUCUCAGAGAAAGAUUGGGGUAUUCCUGAAAAUGUCCCUCAAGUCUAUCAUAAGUCAAAGAUUUUAGCCGAAAAAGCAGCUUGGGAAUACGUGAAAUCGUCAAGUUCUGAUAUGAAGUUCACUGUUAUCAAUCCAGUUGGAACAUUUGGUCCAACAUUGCCAGAAGGACCAGCUCCUUUGACACAUGAAAUUUUUAACAGGCUCUUAAAUGGCUCCAUGGCACUGGGGGCUCCAAAAUUUAAUUUUGGUGUAGUCGAUAUUCGAGAUGUAGUUAAGAUUCAUAUUCAAGCUAUGAAGAUGCCAUCCACUGACAAUGAAAGAUAUUUAUUGGCUGCUGGCGAGGGCGAAACAUCUGCUUUUGAACUUUCUCAGCUCUUGGCCAAGAAUAUUCAUGAUGGAAGAGAAGCUAAGUUACCCACAAGAGAAAUUCCAACCAUGUUUUUAAGAUUUGUAGGAUUAUUUCUGCCUCAAGUAAGGCAAUUCUUACCUGCGCUUCACGAGAGGAAAUUGUACAACACAGAAAAGGCAAGAAAGACGUUCAAUUGGAUUCCAAUUGACGUGGAUACAACUUUGCUUGAAUCUAUUAAAAAAUGA